GAGAGUGCUGCAAGUGCAAAGUAGCGGUGCAGACGGUAUGCAAGACUGACAACCUUUCAAGUCCCCGCUUGUUUUCAGUGCUCCCGUGGCAACUUUAAUUCGAUUGUACUUUCUGACUGACUAGCAUUUUUAAUGCUACAUGCCUAAUCGAUAACGCUUUUGGUCAUUCGACAAUUGCUGCUCAAGUCAUCCUUCACAUACAUUUCAGGUGGCAAUUUUCUACAUCCCUGUGUUUGAGUAAAACAUCGUGAAUCGCUACUGGGAAUAGCCUUAAGCUCGCGGGCUGCUGUCAUCCAUCUGAAGAGUCGGGGAUGCUGAAAGUCACCAUGCCCUCGCCCAGACCAGGGGCUGCUUCGGAAUACUGGAUAGACGGCUCCAAAAAGGAGACAUUGGCUGACUACUAUGAGCUGGAGUCUGAACUGGGACGGGGAGCCACGUCGGUGGUGUUCCGAUGCCGGCAGAAAGGAACUCAGAAGCCCUACGCGGUUAAAAUGCUAAAGAAGACGGUUGACAAGAAGAUUGUACGAACAGAGAUUGGGGUUUUACUUCGGCUUUCCCAUCCAAACAUCAUUAAAUUGAAAGAGAUCUUUGAGACGCCAGCUGAAAUCAGUCUGGUUUUGGAGCUGGUCACCGGGGGAGAGUUAUUUGACAGGAUUGUGGAGAAGGGCUACUACAGUGAACGUGACGCUGCAGACGCUGUCAAACAAAUACUGGAAGCAGUGGCGUACCUGCAUGAACAUGGUGUGGUGCACCGCGACCUGAAGCCAGAGAAUCUCCUGUACGCCACGCCCGCGCCCGACGCCCCUCUCAAAAUCGCUGAUUUUGGGCUGUCAAAAAUUGUGGAUGAUCAGGUCACGAUGAAGACAGUGUGUGGGACUCCAGGGUACUGUGCUCCAGAGAUUUUGCGGGGAUGUGCUUAUGGGCCUGAAGUGGACAUGUGGUCUGUGGGAGUCAUUACGUACAUCUUAUUGUGCGGCUUUGAGCCCUUCUUUGAUGACAGGGGAGACCAGUACAUGUUCAAGAGGAUUCUGAAUUGUGAAUACGAGUUUGUCUCCCCCUGGUGGGACGAUGUAUCUCUUAAUGCCAAGGAUCUGGUGAAGAAGCUGAUUGUUCAGGACCCAAAGAAGCGUCUGACAACCUUGCAGGCACUGGAGCACCCCUGGGUGACUGGGAAGGCAGUUAAUUUUGUCCAUAUGGACACAGCUCAGAAGAAGCUCCAGGAGUUCAAUGCUCGACGCAAGCUCAAGGCAGCGGUAAAGGCUGUGGUGGCCUCCACCAGGCUGGGCAGCGCUGGCAGUCACGGCAGCAGUGACAGCAGCAAGAACAGCUGUAGCCACUCUCCCAUCCAGGAGGGGGCGUCUGAGAGCCAGCCGCAGGGAGACCAGCAGCAGACGCAGGAGGAGAACUCCUAGGCUUCUCCAAGGCCAGGCUCCUUGCACUGGAGGCACCCUCUUCCCAUGGGAUAGCGAAAAACGGUGGACUCUACUGGCGCAAAGAUGACUAUGUCAAAUCUCAUGGACUGGGAGCAGUGAUGACCUCUCACAGAUUUUAUUGCAUGUGACUGUUUAUCGAUUAUGAAAUGCUACCCGCACGAGACACUCUCCGCAACUUGACAUGGCGCAGUAUCAUUACAUGCCAACAAGUAUUUGAAACUGCGGAAAGCUGAAAAUCUGCCUGACAAAGCCCGUUUCCUAGGCUGCAGCGAGGAGCUUCACUGAGUAAUCCUUGUCUCUUCUUUCAGCUUUUUGUGAUGAUUGCAUUUUAGUAGAGUUUACAGUAGGUUACAUUUUUAUUUUUAUUUUGCAAAUUAGACACCAUAGCUUCUUACGUACUACCAAGCAUUCUAGGACAGAAGCUGUUCAUUAUGAAUACCAUAACAUUUUGCUUUAGUAGAAACAAGAUACUUUAAAUGUUUACAGAACUUAUUUAGAUUUAUAUGCAAAGUACAUUCCAUUAGAGUAACAGAUGGAAGACAAUUUCCAAAAUGGCCAUAAAUUGUAACUUUACCAGAUCUUGUAAAGAGAAUGCCUUAUUGUAUCUUAUUCACUGGUUUAUACACUUUAUGAGAGACAGGUGUUUCAUAUCUUGUUCAUUAUUAAAUUAUAAAAGCAUGUAGAAUACACAUGCUUUGCACAAGUAUGAGGAGCCAUCCAUGUACAGUAUAGAACAUCAUCAACGUUCAGUAAACUAUCUGCGAGUUUUGCUUUGGCAUAAACGAGUUUACUUUUGUAUACCACAAUAUCCAGUUUACAAUUUAAAAGUAUUGAUCCCCAGUUUCUACUGGAAAGCCUGCAGUAGUAGGGGAACAGAUAAAUAUGUCAGCCGAAUAAUCAGCAUUAGUGCCAAAUACAUUUGCUCUUAAGGACUGUCCUGCUUUUUUUUUAAAGUUGGUUUGAUGGAAAUGUACCCCUACCCAUAUAUUAAUAUGACUAUACAUAGAGUUUGUUAACAUGUGAAAAUAUUUAGUUUAUUAAUAUUUAUUAUUGGCUAUUGGGCUGAAUCUACAGUAUCAUAACAGGCAGCUUACGGAAAAAGAAAUGUAUGUUUAUAGCGUAUUUGUAAAAGAAAAAAGACAUUGAAGUUUUUCGACCUGAGCAAUGUACUCAUCAGCAUGUUUGUUUGUUUUUAAUUCUAGCAUCAGGGAAUGCUGUGGAACAGGUGUUUUUUAGGUCCCAUUUCCACCCUCUGUUAGUGGUUAGUUAAAGGGGGUAAAGGAAGAGAAGGCAAGAUGGCUGUUUUGCAUGUGGGAAUGUUCAACUGCUGCAGUAGUCUUUCAAUAAUGCACUAUAUUUUAUGGAUGUACUUGUAUGAGAAAGUCUUUGUUAAGCACUCUACAGUGUUGGCGGCCACCUGUAGGCCAUAUAAUAUAUUAUAGGGUCAAUUUUGUAUUUUUAAAAGGGACAUCCUGACACUUUAAAACUGGUUUGACAUCAGACAGUACAAUAUUGAAAAAUGUAAUAAUUUCUGUUGGCUUAUAAAUGUAUACCCUCUAGUUGUUGAGCAAAAUUUUACAGGGGUCAUGCAGAUGGAUCUACGUGUAGAGGCUUAGAUUUGGCCAGAUCAUGCCCACUUUAACGAGAAUCAUGAAUAUAUCACAGUGUUUGUCGAUGGGAUGUACACAAAUGUAUAUCACCUGAAAAUAGUUUUAAAGAUUUAAUGUCCUUUUUGUUAUAACCUGGUUUAAAAUGGCUGGAUUUCCCUUUUGCAUAUCAGUUUGUAUAUCAGUAUGCUUCUGUAUUCAAGGGAACAUUUGAGAAUGAGUGUAAAAACACAAAUGCUUCUGAAAUGGUAAUUAUUAGGAUUGGUUUGGUCUGUAUUAAAUAACUAAAAAAUAAAUCAGUAAAUAAACAUAAAACAAAAGUUUUUGGCAUGAA